GUUGAGAGAGGCAGGGUUUGCUAGUUAGCUAAUUAAUGUCUCAUUUGUGGUAUGAUAAACUGUAAACCAACUUUAGUUCCACAAAUUGCUAUUUUCCAAGCUACAUCAGCUGUCAUGUUUGGUUGCUGACGCAGACCCUUAUUGCAUUAUGAAACCUGGAUACAGUGUUUGAUGCAGAGCCCUGUUCAUUCCUAUGAGAGUUGCUCAUUAGCGCAUAAAGCCAUAAAGAUGAUUGUGCGGCCCGUAGAGCAGGCUGACUAGUGACCUCCACCAGCUGAUCCAAUACUUCCCGUUUAGCGCUACAACUUGAAUGGGGAUUAAAUGAUUUCAUUGUGCAGCUCUUCUAGAUUUUACAAAUGUUGUUAGAUCUAAUAGAUUAAAUUCCAACUCAGUGAGUGUAUAGAGUCAUUUUUCAGGGGUUGUGACGCUCAAACUUUUUGCACCCACAAAUAACGUAACUGCAAACCUUUUGUGCAAAUCUUUCUUUCACACUCGCACAUUGGAAAUGAUUUGUGCAAGUAUUUUUCAUUUGUUCACAGCUAAAGAUCUUCGUAUGGAUUCAAAAACUAAAUGUAGUUUAGAUAUUUUAACACACUUUAACUUGAUCAAAACAUGUACACAUUUGAAUAUAUUCAUACAAAAUGUGCAUAUUCAGAUAAAGUGGUGCAUGCUACAAUACUUUAGACCCCAUUUUCUUUGCAUAGUGGUGAUGUUAGUUGGUUUUGUCAUGUCAGGCUUUAUAGUACAGGGCAAUUGAGACAUACGUUUUUUUUUGUUACCGUUAAAAUCGUUGAGUGAUUUGUGAAUCCUUCUUGGUGAUGCAUUUACAUGCUGAAGUGAAGGGAUGACAACGGAACUUUUGCAUUCAUAUACCAUAUAUGGAAUACAAAUGAUGUCCAAAUGAACAUCCUGGCAGUUGUGUUGAAUGUUCUACGAAAAUUAUUUUGCUGACUUCAGAUGGAAAUUGUUUUGCUUCAUGGCAGCACGCUAUCCUGAGGAGGAACGCUGAUGAGAAGACGGUUACACCUUCUAUGGAACAACUGUUAUACUUCGUCCGUUUGCACCGAAGUAUACAGAGGAGGAAAUGUUGCAGAGCGGGACAGGGAAUGGGCAAGAAGAGGGGACACUGACGCUAUUGCAUUAACCAGAACGCCAGUCUUUUGAACACACAGACCACAGCAGUGGUGUAGAUUGCCAAACAAUGCAAACCAUAAGUGUUUUUUCAGCCAUGAAUGGGAUGUUUUGGAAACUCUGUUAUAGCAAGGUGGCGCUGCAGAGUCUUUUGAGUGUUAACACAUGCUGUUUUCAGCGCUCUCCUGCAAAUAUGCUUUUAAAGUUUGUUUGAGUUGUGCAUGCUUUGUAGCUAGUAUUGUUUUGGUCUGAAACGUGGCGUCCUUCAUGGAGCAGAGACUGUCCAAUCUGAACUACUCAUAGAAGGAAUGUUUACAAUGGUGGACGUGUUUUGGCGAGUUGAGCGCCUAAACAUUAAAUUUGAAAAUUUUAAUUUGGAAAAAUAUUAAUCUAAAAAUCAGGACUCAUGCUUUGGGAGAUUAUUACCAUUAAAAGAUAAUAUAAGCAUAAUGUAUUUAGAUUAUACAUGCAAAAUCACUGGUACUUUACCACACUGAUAUUAAAGUUGACCAAAAACAUUAUGUAAUAAUGGUUUGAAUUUUUUAAUGUUUGUGCUUUUUGGCUUGUGGUUCUGUUGAAUGACAGAUUUGGAGAUGCUUUUGUUGGAUCGUAGCUGGUAAAUGUAAAUGCCUUGUAGAUGAUAUGCCAUCAACGGUGACAUUGUCCUUGCUGCAUAGUAGCGGUGUCCCAGUUGAACUGCCUUCUUUCAAGUCUGCAUUGCAAGACCUAUUUUAUGAUGGAUCGACAGCACUGUCCCAUUCAGAAGGCCCCUUCAAACACACUGGGAAAAUACUACCAAGUUUACCUGUUGUGUUCACUUUAUUGGCUGAAUAAGUGAAAAUAGUUGCUGGUAAACUUGAAUGUUUUGGACCUACAAUUGUGAUGCACAACACCUGGAUGCAGCAUUAAUGUUGGAAGGGUCAUCAUUGUGGAUUGUCACAUUCUGGGAGGUGACGCAUUUUCAGUCAAUUAGCCUUCAGCCUUAGUCUGGCUAUAACCAGACCAAGCCAAGUUCAAUAAAUUUGAGAUUGAGCAUUGGUCUUGGGAGUCUGCUCUAUUUUCUCUGCACGAGAGGCGUGAUGAACAGGCAUAGUUCAAAUGACUACGCAAUUGGAUAGUCCUUCAACCAGACCAACGAUCCGGGUGACGUAGAAGCGACAGUGACAUCAACGGAUUUGCACUGCUUCGGUGGCUGCUAUGUUGAAUGUAAACAAGAAACUGCUUGGUUGCUACUCUAUUGUCAUUGUUAAACCUGCCAAUAAUGUGCCAAGUAGAUAAGCCGGUUUGUGAUUGGUUUCCGCAAAAUUGCGAACUGAAGUAGGGCAAACGUGCAAGUUUCCAGACCAAGCUGCAGGACAAAAUCAAAUGGUCUGUAGAGUGGGCGGGAUUUACCCAGUCUACGCUAGCCUUGCAAAGGGAACACAUCAGUCAGCUGUUUUAAACAAGUGGCCUUUAUCACAUUUUAUUUACAAGCUGAAUAUUUGUAAUCCAGUUAGGCCAGUAGGGGCUUUCAGAACAGCUUAUAUUGGACUGCUUGAGUUGAAUCAUACAUGAUGAAUUGGAAUAGUUAACCUAUGGGGCGGUUGAUCAAAAUGGUCUGAUAAAACUGAAAUAGGGAAAAAAGGUUCAUUAUUGUGCCAGAUAGUUGAUAUUGUGCUGGAGCGUGAGCUACAGUAUGUUAAAUUGUUCUGUUCACACAAAUUUGAAUUUCUUGUCCGUCUUAAUAGCGGCUGUUGUUGACAUUGAUCGUAAUGGUGUCCCUUGUCUCUGAUGUCCUUUGUUUCACAUUGCUAAUCCUGUUCAGUUGUUUCAUUGGACUGCCAGGAAAUUGACGCUGAGCUGGUGAAGCUCUGUUGGCAAUAAUGCUAUUCUAUACCCUUUUGUCUGCAGGUGCUGUUGUUUGUACUUCAGCAUGGCGGUCGUCAUCCGUUUACAGGGACUAAGAGUCACAGCAGGUUCUGAGGAUAUUCGCAAGUUCUUCAGUGGCCUCAAAAUUCCAGAUGGAGGGGUGCAUAUAAUUGGUGGGAAGCUUGAGGAAGCUUUCAUUAUCUUUGCGUCCGAUGAAGAUGCAAGAAGAGCAAUGACACAGUCAGGAGGUUACAUUAAGGGUUCACCUGUUCAAUUGCUACUUAGUAGUAAAACAGAGAUGCAGAACAUGCUCGAAAGAAGUACAACAAAUGUAGAGCUAGAUGAAAAGAGAGGACUUUUGGAGAACGCAAGACGUGCUAGAAGAUGUGUGGAUCCUGAGGCGGUCAGGAGAUCAGCUAGCAGAUCAGCUUAUUCCCCUCCCCAUCACCAGAGGGCUUCAAACACUGAUGACUUUGUGCAUGUGUUUCUAAAUGGAAUGCCGUUCUCUGUGACUGAAGAGGAAGUCUGUGACUUUUUCUUUGGUUUACUUAUUGAUGACAUUGUCUUGUUGAAAAAUGCACAGGGUGCCAAAAAUGGGAAAGGUAUUGUCAAAUUUGCAACAAGAGAGGAUGCACAAGAAGCCUUGAAGAGGGAUAGGAAAUAUAUUGGGUCAAGGUAUGUGGAGGUUUCUACAACUACAGUAGACUUUUGGCGUCGGGCUACUGGUGAAGAGUCAAUGGCUGUCAACAACUUUGAAAGGGAUAGAUCCCCUGUUCGCCAUCAGAGGAACCCACAUCGUGACAGGUCACAAUCACCUUUGAGGUCAGUUUCUUCCGACGACGAGUACUGCGUUUUGAUGGAAAAUCUGUCCUUUGCAGUGGAAAAAGAAGACAUAAAAAAGCUUUUUCGUAAUGCAAAGCUUGAGGAUGACCAGAUCCUGCACUUAAUUGGCAGUGAUGGGAGAAGAACAAGAUCUACAUUUGUGCUGUUUAAGAGUCUGCGUGACUAUUGUGAUGCCUUGACUCCUGAAAAAAGGCAGUUUUUCAACCGAUGGAUUUCUACACGGCCAAUCUCAAGAGAGAAAAUGAUCACCCUUCUGGAAUCUCAGAGCAUGGAUGUCGGACCUUCUGGAAACUCAGAAAUGUGUCAGGAGAGGCCUGCAUCUUGCCCCAGUGAUCCUUAUGACUCAGAAAAAAUGUGUAUGUUUGUGCGGAACCUUCCAUUUGAUGUGCGGAAAGUUGAGAUCAUGGACUUCUUCCUUGGGUUUGAUAUCACAGAGGACAAGGUGUUUGUGCUGCGUGACCAUAACGGUGCUGGAGUUGGAAAGGCGUUGGUUCUCUUCCGGUCUGAGGCAGAGGCUAUGAGUGCACUGUCUCUCAAUGGACAAAGGUUUCUUGGGUCAGAGGUCACACUGAAAUGCAUUUCACGUUCUCACAUGCGGCAGUUGGGUGUUGAGCCACCAGUGGUUCAAGAGCCAAUUGUGCAAGAGCCAAUGCCAAGAGGAGAGCGGUACUCGGGCAGGAGAAGUGAGGCAUCCUAUCGCCUUGGUGACACGGAGUACCCUGAUUUUAGGAUUUCUCAUGAUGGUAAUAUACCAAUGACCAAUGCGCAGGCUCACAUCCAUGGAGGCGGAGAUUAUGAGCCCCAUGCAGGAGGUCCUCAUACUCCACAAGACAGAGGUAAUGGCUUUCGGGGUGGCUUUGGUCCUUCAGUGCAACAUUUUGACGGUCCCACUUGUGUAAAGCUGCUGAACUUGCCAUUCCAAAUCAAAAGUGAAGAAAUCUAUGACUUUUGCUAUGGAUUUCGCAUUAUUCCUGGAUCUGUCUCCCUGCAGUAUGACCAGAGAGGAAAAUCUAAAGGCUCUGCAACUGCAGUAUUCGAGUCCCGUCAGGAGGCGUUAACAGCAGUUGAGGAACUGAGUGGAAGACCAAUAGGUCCAAGAAAAAUACAGCUAUUUCUUGAGUAAAAGUGACAAUGCCUUUCAUGGCAACUAACCAGCCCUAGCUGUGUAGGUUGGAUAUAUACAAUGUUGAUUGAAACAAAGUUGAUUUAAGGGACAAAAUUUCCUUUUCUUUGUUUUUGUGAUUACACAAUACAAUUGUGAAUACAGGGAAUGUAGUU